UCUGUCCUCGCCGGGAAGCGCAUGGCUGUCUUCGGGGGGCCUGGCGGGGCCGCGGCCGCCGGGCUGCUCCUGGCCGCCUUGCUUCACCUGGGCGCCGGAGACAGCGGCUGGGACCCGGCCGGAUACCUGCUCUAUUGCCCCUGCAUGGGGAGAUUUGGGAACCAGGCAGACCAUUUUCUGGGCUCUUUGGCGUUUGCCAAGAUGGUGAAUCGGACUUUAGCUGUGCCCCCCUGGAUUGAGUACCGGUAUCACAGGCCUCCCUACACAAAUCUGCACGUUCCGUACAAAGAGUACUUCAAGCUGGCACCUCUCCUGGAGUACCACCGGGUCAUCACUUUGGAGGAGUUCAUGGAGAAGCUGGCACCUGUGUUUUGGCCGCCUGGCAAAAGAGUGGCAUACUGCUUUGAAGCAGCCGCUCAGAGAAGUGUUGAUAAGAAGACUUGCCCUAUGAAGGAUGGAAACCCCUUCGGGCCCUUUUGGGAUCAGUUUGCUGUGGAAUUUGAUCGGUCAGAGCUGUUUGCAGGCCUCUCCUUCAGUGCCUCUUACAAGGACCACUGGAUCCAGAGGUUUUCGCCCACAGAGCAUCCGGUUGUCGCCCUUCCGGGUGCCCCAGCCCAGUUUCCGGUUCUGGAAGAGUCUCGGCCCCUGCAUCGGUACAUGGUGUGGUCUGAUGAGAUGGUGGAGAAGGGCAGCUCCUACAUUAAUUCAUUGCUGGCCAGACCCUACGUGGGAAUCCAUUUGCGUGUGGGUUCAGACUGGAAAAAUGCAUGCAAUAUGUUGAAGGAUGGCACAGCUGGUUCCCACUUAAUGGCUUCCCCACAGUGCGUGGGCUAUGAUCGAGACACAGCAGCACCUCUCACCAUGGACAUGUGUUUGCCAGGCCUGAAGGAGAUCAAGCGAGCCCUUCGGCUCUGGGUGAAGAAGACAGAUGCAAAAGCCGUGUACAUCGCUAGCGAUUCUGAAUCCUAUUCCACAGAAAUACGGCAGCUCUUCAAACAAAAGAUAAAGGUGGUAUUUUUGCAACCUGAAGUGGCCCAGAUAGAUCUGUACAUUCUUGGCCAGUCUGACCAUUUCAUUGGAAACUGUGUUUCAUCCUUUACUGCCUUUGUGAAACGGGAGCGUGAUGUGCACGGAAGACCUUCCUCCUUUUUUGGCAUGGACCAUCCCCCCAAGCUGCGAGAUGAAUUAUAGCCCUCUGGAGAAGAUAAUACUCCUGAUGCUCAAUUUGGAUAUAUGCCAGAUGCUGCCAAAAGCAAGCAUUGUGUGUAUUUUGGCGGAUGUGAUGGCAAAUUUGGCAAAUUCUGCUUGGUGCCGUUUCUUGUAUAUGUGGCCUGAAAGGAGAAGACAACAACUUUGAGGUGAACUUUCCCCUCUCAUUGCUGUGGAUGAAUCAGCCAAUCCCCUCCAGUUGCCACUGCAGUAUCUCCCCUCCCCUCUUGUGCUGCCCGCCACCUCCCCUGGAAGUGGUGACUCAUUUGCUGCUUGUUUAAUGCACAGUAUUCUAAUUCUUAUGAAAGCACAACAGGUGACCAGGAGUGCUCAAUUCACUGCUGGCAACUGGAAGAGUCACUCUAAACUGUGCAAUCGACUGACUGACUUUUGCCUCACGUGCCUCAGUUCAUGACCUGCAAAAUGCUUGCAAUGCACAUUUCCCCUGGUGGGCGUGGAGAGACCAAACGAUUGGAAUCCCUGAGACGUUUUGGGAUCUUCAGGGGGCUAUUAGUCUGGCACCAGUGGUGCCCCCUGGACCAGCCGGGGUGUUUGCAGUGAUCCAGGCAGUAAGAGUGCUCAAACCUAGAUGCAUGGAAAUGCUUUUUACAAAAAUUCUGGGAGUGCUUUUUAAUCAGUUUUGUAUUUUACUGAAAUGACUGUCUGAACACUGUGUAUAGCAUAAUAGUCAUGGAUAAUCUUUCUAAAAUACCAUUGUCAUUGUGAAUGCAAAUACAAUUCACCUGUAUUGGACACACAGAAACAGAGCGAGUCAGAAGGGGCCUCCCGGGCCAUCUAGUCUGACUCCUGGCUCCCGCUGGCUCCGCUCACGACAUGCCCACCAUGUGCAUGUCCAGCCUAUCCUUGAACACCCUCACGAUGGGGCCUCAACCACCUCCCGUGGAAGCCCAUUCCAUGUACAGUUUCAUGUACAAUUUCAUAGAGAGUCAAGAAUACCUUCAAUUUAAGUUGCUUGCAAUUAGUUGGCAAUUUCAAUCAGCUCUCUUCACAGAACAAAGAAAUGGGUUUCUGUUCCUGAUAACUUUGGAAAUUCUUGAUAUUUUUAGAAGCUGUGGAUUUUGUACAAGAUUCUGAAAAAAAUAGCACUCAGUCUGCCUUGCAGUUCAAUGAGAGACAACAGAUAAGAUAAAGAGAUAAACCGAUACAACUAGGUAAGUCUUGGUUUACAAGAAAAAGAAAAUGCUUCUGCCUUGUUCUGAAGUUUGGCACAGAUCUUUCUCUACACCUUUGGAAUCUGGCCAGUAGGAACAAAGGCAGCUGCUUUAUACUGAAUCAGACCAUCAGUACAUCUCGCCCAGUGCUGUUAGCACUGGCUGGCAGCAGUACUCCAGGAUUUCAGGCAAGAAUCUUUCUUAACCUUCAGUGGAGAUGCAGGGGUUGCGCUUGACCCCUGCAGCAAAGCACAACCUUAUAUUGCGGAUCUAGAGCCCUGUAAAGUUUCAAUAGGAUUUUCCACAGAACAAACAGCAGCAGGCAGAUUUGCAAACCAUCAACUGUUUCUUGUUAUAUUUCCUCAUCACAUCAGUAGUAAUUUUGUACAGUAAUUAUCUGAUCCUAUGUGUUUGGAACCUUAAUGGACAUGUUGCCCUGGCUGCUGAAUACAUAUACUGGCCCUGCUUCCUUAUUUCAAAGACUCUGCACUAAUCCUGCAUAUGAAUGACUUGUUCAGAAAGAAUUUUUGUAACCCUUUUGUAAGCUACUCACUUGCUUUAUUGGAUGGGAAUUGUGUAAGGAUUAUUUUCUUAUUGUUCCAUGGAUUCUUACAGGGACCAGCUUGUGUGUGAGAGAUGUCAGGAGAUCAUAGUAGUCCAGCUCCCUAAAGUGCUACAUUUCAGUCUGGAGCUGCAAGAGCCAACAGUUUUUCUUCUGUAAUUUGUCUACAAAUGCAGAAGCCUUAUUUCCUUGAUGGAUUAGACAAAAGUUUUAGUACAGUAUUCUGUUUCCAACUACAGUCUGACAAACUCUCUGGAAAGCUCACAAACAAGGCAUGAAGGCCACAGUUCUCCCCUCUUUCCUGUCUUUUGUGCAAGAAGUUAUAUUUUUUUUGCAUUUGGAAUUUCUGAUUAGUCCUGGCUGUUACCCCCUGGGAGACUUGUUCUACAUGAGUAUGUCUAAUCUGAGUGUGUCUUUGAUGCCUGUUAAACCAGUGGACAGUUCCACAUAUUGUGAAACCAAAUUCCAUAAAUGUAAUCGUGUGCUAUAUGAAUUUUCUUAUCUUUUUGGUUCAUUCUUUUACUGCUGAUCCGUGGUCCUGUGUCCCAGUAUUUUGAGAGAUGGAAAGAAUUUCCCUCUGCACUCAUUCUGCACCAUUUAUAAUUUUGUAAACCUCUACCAGAUAUAAAUCUUCACUCUUAAGACCCUUCCAUAUCUUCAUUGCCUCUUAGCACUGAAACAUACAACACCCAAGUUAUAUUGAAGCAAAAGAGCAUCUUAAAUAUCUCUGUAAACUGUAAGAUAUGUGGGAGAAAAUACCAAACUUUAGCUUUCAAUGCAGCUAGUUAAUUACAGUUGUAUUAACAUUGAUUCUACACAGUUUUUAAGAAGUAAAGGUCUACGUGUGCCAUGACAGUGGAAAUAAACUCACACCCUGUAAGAAUGUAAGUUUGAGGAAAAUAAGGUGCACUCUUACAAACACGUGUAAGAGCCAUUCAUGUUUCUGACGGAGGAUGGAGGACAUUGGGAUAACUGUGCUAUGCAUGAGAUCAGAAGCCAUAUUUUAAUUUGUUUAAGAUUUGGUACUUUUUCAUAAUAAAAUAUUACUCUUU